CGUGAUUCCGAGUAGUCAUGCGUAGGAUUGGGCCGUGGCAGAGUAAUCGUAAAUAGUUUACCGCCGCAUCCUAGGCCGUGCCAGCGCAUGCAGGCCAGGACGGAAGAUGAGGGACAUUUUUUAUAUUUUGCUGCGCCAGCUCCAGUCUGGCCUCGGUGGGGGAUCUGUGGGGCUUAUGUUCCGGAGGAUCCCAAGCAGCCACACACCCCUCAACAUUUUGGGGCUUGCCAACCUUGGCGAAGACCUGAACAUCGUUACAAGAGCAUAAUCUGUCUCCUUGACUGUUGGCCUGCCUACAGCUCACUGUGGGAAGCAAAUAGCUGCUGUCAGCUCACUAAUGUCAGGUGAAGAGAUUCAGGCUGCUCUCAGGUCACUGCCAGCUGAAGAACCUGAGCCAGCAAAAGAUUGGCCAGAACACAACCACAAUGCAGCUUCCUGGAUAGAAGGAGGCCAAGUGUGGGUCCUUGAGCUUCAGCCUUAUGAAACUGAAGCUUCUUCUGCAGGUGGUGGAGAUUUGGAGAAAAUGCACCAGCCAGGAAGUGUUAAGAAAAUGAAACUGGGGAAUCGAGCAAAGGGUGUAGCAGUUUCGGACUGCCAGCACCUGUCAGAUGAAGUUGAGACAAGUCCUUUGGUAUCCCAGCAGACAAAGAAAACAUUUACAAGUGAUGGGGAAGCAUUCAGCAAAAGCUCAAACUUAAGGACAAACCAAAAGAACCUUGCCAAGGCUCUGCACGUCUGUGACCAAUGUGGAAAGGAGUUCAGGUGGCCGUCUGACCUUGCCCGACAUCAGCGUGUACAUGUUAGGGGUAAAGCAGCUAGACGAGACCAGAGCCAAUCACAAGCAAGCAGUCCAUUUGCCCUCAUUCCUCUGCAAGUAGAUGCAAAUUCUUGCAAAACAUUAAGCCAAAAACCAGUGACAAACCAGAGUACCCAUACCAAGAAUCUGCAUAACUGUGAUCAGUGUGGGAAGGAGUUCCGAUGGCCCUCUGAUCUUGCCCGACAUAAACGUGUACAUGCUGGGGCUAAAGCAGCUAAACAGGUUCCUUGCCAAUCAGAAGCAAGCAGUCCAAGUCCAUUGAUGCCUGCCACCAUGGCUCUGCAAGCAGAGAAUUCUAGUGAAAUAUUCUCACCAAAGUCAAUGUUGCCAGCAAACCAGAGGACCUAUAGAAAGAAUCUACACACCUCUGACCAACGUGGCAAAGAUUUCCAAUGGCCCUCUGCACUUGUACAACAUCGGCUUGUACACUCUGGCAGAAGAGUAGCUAGAGGGGAUCAAUGCCAGUCAAAGCUAGAUGCCUCAAAUUCUUUGACACCUAGUCCUACAUCCCUGCAAGUUUGCAGUACAGAUACAAACUGUCACAAAGCAUUCGGUACAAGCUCCCAGUUAGUGACACAUCAACACACCCACCUCAAAAAAUCCUACACCUGUGGGAAGUGCGGGAAAAGCUACAAGUGGCCUUCCAACCUUGCCCGACAUAAACGCACUCACUAUAGGAGAAAGUUUAAGACAGACAAGAAUACUCACUUCAAGAAGUCCUACAUCUGUGGUCAGUGUGGGAAAAGCUUCCAGUGGCUGUCACACCUUACCCGGCAUGAACACUCUCAUUUGAGGAGAAAGUUAAAAAUAGACCAGGGCACCGACUCAGAGAAGCCCUUUGUCUGCAGUCAAUGUGGGAAAGGCUUCCUGUGGCCUUCUCACCUUGCCCAACAUAAACUCAAUCACCUUAGGGGGAAGCAACAGAUCAGAACACCUAUACCCAACAGCUCAACAACAGAUCAGAGCACCAAUACUCAUAAGGCCUUCCUCUGUGACCAGUGUGGACAAGGCUUUCUGUGUCUUUCUGACCUCACCCAACAUGUGUUCGCACACUCUGGAGAACGACCCUACAGCUGUGCCAUUUGCGGGUGUCAGUUCAGGCGCCGUGUGCAGCUGAUAAAGCACCAUAAAUCACAUGAGGAGAGUGAUGAGGAGGAAGAGGAAGAUCAGAGUGAAUGUGAGGAAGAUGUCCCUGUGAAGAACACCCCCACAAAGCAACUGCUGUCCCUUUCCCCCAUGGAUUCUGGGGAGCAGAGCAAAUCUUUUGCCAGUCUGAAAGCCUGUGAGUGUGGUAUGUGCCACACUAAAGCAAAUGACAUCUCUGAACUGCUUCCCCCAAACAACAUUUGGGAAAAUGAGGUCAGUGGCCUCUCCCGUCCCCUGUCCCUGACGCGGCCUUGUGAGUGUGGGUACUGUGGAAGCGAUGAUGAUAUCAACACACAACUCACCGAGCCACUUCUUCCUAAUUAUGACAUCACAGCCAGUGCUGAAUUCACAGCUGUGUUGAGUUCCUGUGAGGCAGUCACUACUAAGCCCAUGCUCCCAAGCACCUCAAGGGGAGCGCGGAAGAGAGUUGCACGCAGGCUAAGGAAGAAGGCUUCCAAUGAAAGCAUCACCCACUUUGUUGGGCAGCCAUUUGCUGUGGCUAGCCAGAGCCCUAAGGGGCCCAAAUCCCUGAGCACUCCUAGUUCCCCAUUGGUGAGACAUGACAAGCCUUAUGCUUGUCCCAAGUGUCCAAAGCGGUUCAGCCUGGCUUCAUAUAUGACAAAGCACCUGCACAUCCACCAGAUGGGGGAGCCAUAUAAAUGCACCACUUGCGGGAAGUCCUUUGCUCAGCGUUCAUAUCUGGCUAAGCACCAGCGGGUGCACACGACGAGGUUGGCACAUGAAUGCCCAGAAUGUGGCAGCUUCUUCACUCAGCUUUCAUACCUGUGCAAGCAUAUGCUCACACACAGAAAGUAGAAACAGACUCUUUCCCAAGACUUUGAGUCAUGGCCAGCCCUACUGUUGGGUUGGGUAAAGCGGUGAUGUCCAGGUGACAGGUUUGGGGGUAUCGCUAAUGGGCUGCAAAUUGACAUUUACUUAGUUUAAUAGUAUGGUUUUACUGCCAUGGUGGGCACCCCUUUUGGAUUUUCUGCCUCAGGCACCUAAAUGUCUUGGACCACUUCUGUGUAGAGUGCUAAUGCUCUCCUUUUGCAGUUGGUACAUGUGAAUGACUGAUCAAACACCCACAUGUCCUGACAUGAGUGGGUGGGCUGAGGGCAAAUAGAAGUCUCAUUGUUUUACUUUGCCCUAAAGUUUUCCUGGAGGACAUUAGAGUAUGUCUGGGACUUCCAUAUCCCUAGCACAUCUAUAUCCUUUACCCUGACUACCAUUGAACUAGGGAUGAGAUGAGUAAAGGCAAGCAAGUAGCCACUUGGAGGAUGUUUUAAUCAAUGAAAAGUGUGGAUAACUUGACAAUGUAAUGAUUAACUGACUGUUACAAGGAAGGAUCAACUUGAUUACCCCUUCCCCGUUCAGUUUUAGAAUGGGGAAUGUUCUGUUAUAUUGACAUGCCAUCACCUAAAUCCCUUUUAAUAUAUUUUUUAAAAGGGUUGAAACCAUCAAGCCCAUCAAUAUGACAGAAGUGUCACAAAAAAGAUGUAUUGGUGUAGAUUUCCACAGUCAUUGUGUCAGCCUCAUUUGCUUAUGCUGGUUGUUGCUGGAAGCAAAGCCAUUGGGCUGGGUCCAGACAAAAUUAGGCGAACUCAGAUUCCCACUGAAAUAAUGGGGUAAGUUAGUCAUGACUUAAGUUUAAUCGCAUUGAAAUUUCAAUGGAAACUUGAGUGCAACAAACUUGAUCUGGACCCAACCCAUUGUCAUUUUUACCCUUAAUGAUAAAUUGUCUACUAGUCUGCAUAGAAAUUGGAACCAAAAGUUGACACGUGGAGAGAACCAGUGUGACUGAUGCCUGGACCUGCCAUUGUUCCAAAUCUGGAAGAUUUUUGACAUUAUCCAUGCUAAAUGAUUGGACAAUCGCCCAUUUCAGUAGAUAAUUUGCAUUUUACCCAGGGAGAAAAGGACUGGCAUUGCAAUAUUCUCAUUCCUUUGGGGGAAACUGACUUUCCUGUAUACCUCUAUAUCUCAUCUCAUUAAAUUGUAGAGGGCAAAAAGUUUUCACUGAAGUAUCAGCCAGAGAAGUUUCUACUGUUGGAUAUGUUCAAGGUUUAACUUGCAGAAAUGCUGGCUGUUUUAAGAGCAUUUCUUACCAUUUUCUUUUUAUACCUCUUUAUUAUAACAAUGUUAUCGGUGUAAAAAAACAGCAGAUCUCUCUCCCCCCCCCAAAGACAAAUGAGCACAUAAAGUCAAGAUCUAUUAAAACAUGAUGUAUUCUGAAAAAUAUGCAGAAAUAAAUAGUAAAAAAUAUGGUCUAUGGCUGAUAGCCAACAGAAUGCACGAUCAUGACCAAUUUCUAAUACACAUGAAUUUUAGUCCCACACAUUUGAUGUAAACUGCUUGCUAUGCUGACAAGAUGUACAUACGCUCCCAGUGACAACACAGGAAUAAAUUACAAAGGUAUUCUAAUACAAAAGUAUAAAAUGCAAAGAUAAAAUAUGCCACAUAUCUCAGAUAAUUUGCCAGACACGUUUCGACUUGAGACAAGUCUUCUUCAGUGGCAUCUAUUCAGAACGUUUCACUUUGAGCGUGGAUUUAGAAAAGGCCAUACUUAAAAAUAUAAAACAUUUUUUAUUAACAUGAAAGAAUAUACCAAUUCAUAUUAAAAUAUUCUUAAAAUUUAAAAAAAGGCUUACCAGGUGAACUAAGUUGCUGCUGCAGAUACCAUCUAGGAAAAAUACAAUCCUUCCAUAAUGCAGCAAGAUACAACCCUAUGUAAACAUAACCUCAGGAUUAUAUUCCAAUUCAAACAAGAAUUUAAAAUUUAUCUAUGGCUAUCAGCCAUAGACCAUACCUUUUACUAUUUCUGCAUAUUUUUCAGAAAAUAUGUUUUAAUAGACCUUGACUUUUUAUGCUCAUUUGGCAUCACUGUUUGGGCCUGCUUACCUGAAUGAAUCCUGGGUAAGUGUGGGGUGUGGUUAGACACCCCACAUCCCUUUGCUUCCUCCAUUAAGCAUUCAUUUUUCUUACCUCCUCCACGCCCUGGCUAUUGAUUCUCUACUCAAAGCAACACCCUAUAUAGAAAAUUUUGGGGGAAAUGACAUACCAUUGUUUGCCUUGCAAAGCAGGCACACAUCAACUGUACCUUUUGUUUCGCAUCUGUGUCUUUUGAAUUUUCUGGUACUCUGGUUUCAGCAGUUUCAGAAAGAUGCCUUCCUCUUCUCAAGGCUUGGUUCUCAAACCUACAUGCCUUCUUUGUGGCUAUAGGGUCAAGAAGAUGAUGUCACCAGUGACAUUAUAGGCAAGUCAUGAGGCCAUAAUUGCCACUUUCAAAUAUAUGCUUAGACUUUCUGGUUUGCUGGUACAGAGCAGCCUUUCCCCUCCCAGGCAAUACAUAAAGGGGAUAUACAGGGCUUCGGCUGUCUGCAAACCCAGGUAAACCCAGUCACUUGCUAUGGUUAGAGAGAAAGGACACUUCUUUCCGGCUUCCAAGGUCCGUGGAUGGAGUUGGGCCCUAGUCUGGAUUUAGGCCAGACCUAAAGAAUUACUAGCAGUAUAUGGCUGGUAUUCACUCGGUGCUUUGAAAUUGGAAGGCCUGCUACCAGAAUGUUUUAGAAAAUGUCGUGUUUAGUAUGUCCCAGCGACCACUUGUCAUUACAUUUGCUGGCCAGUACAAUGGAAGGCAGGAACAGGUUUAUUUCUAACAGAGCAAAUGGGUUGAAAGCUGCCUGCCUGCUUUUCCUUGUAGGUCUCCACAAGUGAAAGGGCUAGAGUCAACAUAAUCUUUUCUCUUCCUAUUUUUUAAAUGAAGGCUGUGAAUUCAGGGAAUGAAAAAUCCCUGUGGGGGUUGGGCUCCCUGUAGUGGUUCUGAGGCCGGAUAUUUCCUUUGGUUGAUUCAAAGUUUUAAAGGACACUUUGGGAUCAAGAGCUUUCUGGAUUUACUCUGCAGAAAGUGACUGAAUUGACAGCCAUAGAAAAUGCAUUAAGAAGACACCGAGAUUACUGCUGUUGGUAUAUCCUAGGAAUUUAUUAUUAUAGGCAAUCUCCUAUUUUGUCAAGUGCAUGAAGUGUAAUGGAGAAGGGCAGUGAUUAUUUCAAAGUGUGUUUUGGAUAAGAAAUCCAAUUGUAUAGUACCUGAGCUGAAACUGCAAGCAGUUCAUAAUGUGGCUUUUUUUUGUUUGCAAA